AUGGGGUCACUAAAUCCCAAUAAUUCGCCUUCAAAUGAGAGUUGCAGACUGUCAUUCCUCCGUUUGCUUGAAGCCGUUGCGGAACUCGAUCCCGAAUUCAUACUUAAGACAUUUUUUCAUUCGAGCGACCAUCACGGUUCCUUGCCUCGUGCUUUAAGGCGAGUAAUGGUUGAAAAAUUUCGCGAGUUUGAUGAAUAUCAGCUUGGUAGGUUCUGCUCUUUCAUGACCUUGAUUUUUGUAGCUAAAUACAACAGAGAAAAAAGUGGCGCAUCUAACAGAAAAAAAAAUAAGGAAGACGCUGAGAUGACACCUAUGCCACCUACUCUGAAGAAAAUGAUUCGAGAUUUGCACAUUUCUGAUCCAGUGUACCACGUUAUGUGUCUUCUCGGAAAAAAAUACCCGACUGAUGCUUCGGAAUACCUCAAACUAGGGUUGCCAGGUGACUGGAACCCUGAGCUUUCGGGCACACGUAUGCGUUUGCCUGUACCUUUUACUUGGGAGACGGAACUUUCGAAGACUCCUCAGUGGGCACAACUUGAUGCAUGGCAUAGUCUAAUAGACUCUGGAAAACUUCCGUACAUGGCAAUGCUCCGUAACCUCCGUAAUCUGCUUCUGGUGAACAUCGAUGAAGAGCACAUAAAUAAAGUGAUUCGAAAGCUAACGGCUAGAGUGAGUCAUUUUUUAGCGAUUGGCCUUGAUUUGGUCACCUUGUGUGCCAUUCUCAAGGCUGUCGAGAUUGUUUCUCGCAUUCUUGAAUACUCCACAAUGUUGGUUCUGGGUGACCUAGAGGCCGAUCAUACGAACUGGCGCAAUCGUUACACCCACCACGUCGGACCAAUCAACAGUGUUGUAAACUGCCAAAAUUCGUGUUCAGAAGACGGGUGGAUGGUGCUACAGGGCUACUCGGAUUCGAUUCUUCAUUUCGUAGCACAGGUGGGAAGCCAAUCUUUGGUGAAACAGAUAGAGGCAGUUGACCGUCAACUGAACCUUACAUGCAAGUCUACUGGCCGUCACCCGACCACCCUCGUUUCUAAUACCAGCCAGACAACCAUCGAGUUACCGGCGUUCUUCACAACUGGUGGAAGAGCAGCAGCCGUGCAAGUGUUUGUUUCCUCUACGUUCCGGGAUAUGUUUGGGGAGCGAGAUCUCAUUUCGGGUCUUGUUUUUCCCGCUCUUCGUAAGCAGCUCUCCCACCUCGACUAUCCAGUGAUUCUUAACGAAAUUGAUCUGCGUUGGGGCGUUCCAGAGACCUAUUCGCAGUCGUCUGAGUGCAUACGCGUGUGCCUUGAGAAAGUAGUCACCUCAGACUAUCUAAUUCUUCUCCUUGGCGAAAGAUACGGUUGGACACCUCCCAAAGAAAUGGUCCAGACACUUCCUCCUAAGCUGUUAGACCAAGUAAUGAAAAUAUACGUGGAGGGCAUGUCCGUCACUGAAAUGGAAGUUCGUCUCUUUUACCACCUGAACUACAACAAAAGAAAGAACCUACUCUGUUUUAUCAGAGACUCGAGCUGUUUAGAGUACCCCGCUACUUUCGCUGGAAUUGUCAGCUCGACGCCAAUGAUGGGCGACUUGUCAGUCCUGAGUGAGGCUAUAUUCAAAAGUCUUUACCUUCUGAUCUCCGAUAACGUUAGGUCUAAUCCCCCGGUUCAGCCCGAACUUCAAAAUCACAAAAUCUGUCACUAUGGCUCGUCGAUUCCAACUGCAUACCUAGAAGCAAUUGCAGCUUCCGUCAGCCCACGACAUCUUCAGGAGGUACUUCGGGCCUUGAUAAUAGAUUUACCCUUGCGGGGUGCUCAAGUUCAACGUGCACGGAAAGCUGCUGUCAACAACCACCCCAAUGCUCCUUUCACACAACUACUUAUACCAACAGGCUCAAAGAGGAAAUACGAAAGCCAUGUUUCUCGCGAUGGUGGUCUGCUCUGCCUGAUUGGCUCACAUGGCUCCGGGAAAACCACGCUCAUUUCGGCUGUGGCAGUUGCCUUAUCAGAUCCUGAAUGGCUGCCCACUUUGCCACUCUCUUCCUCCACCAUGACUCAAAUCCCUGAAGUAUUUCGACGCCGCUCGCGCGUAUUCGUUCACCUGACUCUCGGCGCCUACACCUCCACGACACGACACUCUGGUCUCCUCCUGGCUGCUAUUCCACAGAUGACUCAACUAAAACAGCUACUUGACGUCUGGAUAGUUCGAAUGUUCACGGAGUUGCGUACUCCUAUUGGUGGCAAUAACGUCGACGUCGAUCGACAGCUAAACGCACUUGAAGACGAGUUGAAGUCCUCCGGAAUUAUUGAUGUUGCUCAUGAUGGAGACCUUGUCAAAAGCAUCGAGAUAUUCCACAAAUUGCUAAGAAUAAUCGGGGAGUAUGUGUUGAACCAUUACAUCUUCAUCGUUGAUUCUGUGGAUCACCUAGUGCCGAAUAAUCUUGAUUGGAUUCCGGAGAUAAUUCCUGAGAAUGUGAAAUUUGUCUUCUCAUUAAACGGAGACUCAAAGACAGCACGUACUUUAUCGAUCCGUCCAGAUGCCCUCUACCUUCGAAUGAGCGAAUUAUCGCUCACUGAGAAGUCAGCUGCCAUUCGAUCUUACUUUGCCCAAUAUGGAAAGGUACUCAACGAGAGUGGAUUCGCUAAUCAGUUGUCGAAAUUGGCCAGAAAAAGAGACUCUGGACUUCCCUUGUACUUGAAAAUGGCUUGUGAUGAAUUGCGUUUAUACUCGACCUUUGAGAACCUGGACCUAAAUUUAAAAAGCCUUCCAGAUCAUUUACCGGGGCUGGUUGCCCACAUCGUUGCUCGAGCCUCCAUCUGUUGUGGUGAAAACCUUGUUAAAACAAUACUCGCCUGCCUUCUAUGCUCGCGCCGUCCUCCGUACCCAGCUCAACUCCAGCGUAUGGUUAAUACUUGGCUCGCCACUUCACAGCAGCACUGCCCCCCUCAGCUUGCCGCAUUCAUCAACGGUGAUGAGGACCGAAUUUUCAAAAAUAGCUUGGACUCUUAUCCCGUGCUUACCACCCUAGCGCUGCACGUCCUUCUCUCUCAACUGCAGCCGCUCAUAUCUGGAUUUGAGUCAGUAGAUGAGAGCAACUGUGGCUGCGUGACAUCAUCGGUGACUGAACAGGGGGAGGAGGUUGAGCCGAGUCUAUACGCAUCGAAGGGUCUGCGGCUGUGCAGCUCGGAGGUUGCAAAUGUGGUCAGACGCUUGUGUUUCUCUACCGUCCGACCAAUCAACCGGUUCUCGGCGCACCACCGUUUGGGUUACAUGAAGAGCUCAGCGAAGACUGAGAGUGAGCCAAUUUCGCUCAGUUCCACUCCAUCAGAACUGCAAACAUACAGACUGCUGCUCUAUGAGCACUACGACGACUUACGAGACAAAGUUUACUAUGCGUUUCAUGCGAGGAAGUUCGGUUUCGUCGUGUCCACCCUUAGCAAUCCCGUGUAUAUUCAGCAAAAAGCUCUCAACAACGAUGUCCAGGCCUUAGUGGAAGAAUUUCUUGGAUUUCGAACCACUGACCCUGACACCGAGGCAGCCUGGUCAGAUAUCAUUGAAAAUUGUCAAGAUACGAAUUUCCUGGUGAUUCGCCAAUUCGUCCUCCAAUCUGGUCACCUCUUAAGCAAGUUCCCUCAUUUAACAGGCCAGCUGCUUUUGGAUAGCCUCCCUGGGGGUUAUAAAAUGCUGAUUAAUGAGGAAGUUAAGAGGACAAUUCUGUCAAACAAUGAUUGGACUGCAAUGCGUACUAAUCCUUUGAGUGCGCAUUACCUACGCAGUAUGGAGUUAGCCUGGCAACCGGAAGCGGUUACUCUCCCUACAGCGCUUGCCAGCGAUGGUGAUUUGCUGGUAGCUUGUGGUGAUAACAGCGGCAGCAUCACGUUGUUGGAUAUUUCUUCUGGGAAAGUGGUCAACACUUUAUAUGGGCAUACUGGUGCCGUUCGUGAUAUCGUCUUUAUUCUUCCCGACACAAAUGAGCUGACCACAAAGUGUCUACUGCUGUACUCCGUCUCUGCGGAUGCAACUGCUUGCCUCUGGAAACUCAUCCCGUCAUCGGACGAUCUGAAUAGUUUGACCGGUCUGAAAUUGGCUCGCAUCUCUGGCCAACACGACCGCCCUAUUACGGCCUGUGCUUGGGACUCUCGGCGACGGAACCUCAUCACGUCAGGUCUCGACGGACUGGUGCGCCUCUACACUAUUCAGCCGUCUCUCGGUGGCGAUUUGGAUGGUGGGGCGGACACCGCCUCUGGUUUCGAUCUGUCGACCUUCAAGAAAGCCUGUCGCACAUUCAGUACCCAUUAUCAGCCAAUAAAUGCAAUGGUUCUUGUGGAGGACAAGAUUGUGGUUGGAUGCUUUAACGGUGCCCUGUGGUGCUUCAAAACUUCGUCGUGCAGUGGAAAGGUGUGUGUUGACAAGAUGUUACUUCUUGGUUCCGAUUCCGUUACAUUAUGUAAAGGGGUUCGUGAUGAGACCUACUACGAAGAAUGGGCUGAUGUUAGCGGCCGUCAUGCCGCCAUCACAGCAUUGGCCUACUCAGGCCCCGAUCAUGGGCUAAUCGCAAGCGUUGAUUUCGCCGGCGAAGUUUAUCUUAUUAAUGCCAAUUCAUUUGAAUGUAUUGUGCGUCUGGAAAAGGCCUCUCGUGGGUUUCCGCGCCAAAUAUUCAGCAGACUGUGCUUCCUGGAGGAGCCUGCAAGCCGUGAAUGUCUGCUAGCACAAACCGGUUGUUCGAAGACAGUUUCCGGUGCAAUUGCUAUUUGGGACAUUGAUCGUGCACAGAUAUGCGAUAUUCUUGUGCAAAAGGAGUCAGAAUCCCCUGAAGUCUGUGUAGGAACCAAACUAACAGACAAUAUACUGACGUUUGGCACAUCUACCGGAGGGAUCUCUUACUUGAUUCCUGAAUUUGGUCCGAAUCUCGUCCAAAUCUGUCCUCCUCCAAAAAGGAACAGCGCUAGGGUUCAGGCUAUUGAUUGUUUCUUCUCUGGCGUGAUAAAUGGAUGUGCUCUCAUUGUUUAUGGCACAGCCCGCGGAGAUGUAACGUUCGCAGCAGUUUCGACAGAAGGUGAUUCAAAGAUUAAACUACAAUUGGGACAUCUACUCGGGGAGGAGAAGCGUCCCUUUUCCGUAUGGUCGCACUCGAUCGGACGCCAGGAAGCCGGAGGUGGCGAAGCUGGGGGAACACUAGCCGUUACUAUUUCCGCUAUGUGUGGUUUCGCCGUUUCUGGUGGUGGUGACGCAGAUUGCUGCUUCCAUUUCUUUGAUUGGUCGAAUCUUUGUGACACUGGAUGUACCUCUCUUUCCAUUGAUAGUGAUUUCAGACUCUCUGUUCAUAGUGCUGGUGUCUCUGCACUGGCUUCUUAUGACAACAUUGUGGUUUCUGGUGGCAAGGACGGAUUACUUGCGAUUUAUCGAGUGGAAAAAAGUGACGAAUACAAUCCGGCUAGGACUCUUGUCACCUGGCCUCAGGCACAUCUUGACUGGAUUACGUGUCUUGCAGUGAGACAGGCGGAUCCCACUCGUUUACUCGUUGCUUCAGGUGGAAACGAUCAUGCUAUUGGUGUCUGGCUGCUCUUGCAUGGUCAAGAGCCUGAACGCAGCUGCCUUUCUCCGGUGUGGAAUCGUAGCGUUCACAUGAAACCCGUUACUAAUAUCGCUUUUAAGGAUGAAUAUAUUGCUUCUGCGUCAUCAGAUGGAGUAGUAAUGGUUUGGGAAGCGUCAAUGCGCUCUGUUAAAAGAUUGAGAAAGUUUGCACUUCAGGAGGUGUCCGAAGGUUGUGAACUGGUGAUGCUGGAAUUUGGCGAAACCGAAGAGUCAGGAAAAAAUGAAGUGGUGAUGACAGAAUCAGGCGAUUCCGAUUGCAACCAGGAGUCGGAUGAAGCUUCAUCAAGUUCUGACCGGAAUGAUGACGAGGUAAUGGAAGAGUACGAAAGCAGCGAAGAAGAAGGGGAGGAAAUUGGCAACACUCAGGAGACGAGCACACUUGAACAAAAUUCUAAUGAAAAAUCGUGGAAGGAGUCUCGUCACGUCUUAUUUGACGAAAAUACAUUAGCUGAUCGAUGGAAUAUGCGUCUUUUUGUCGGCUACGCUCACCACAAUGGCAGAUUUGGUGUGAGUAAGAUUGCGCCAUUUGUGCCGCGCUCAGAACUUGCCUGUGCAGGCCACGCCAACACCAGAGUGUCUGGAGUGAUCGAACUGGCGUCAGUUGCUAAAAACGGAACACUCGUUUCAGCCUCUGCCUCUCCCGACUCCCUCAGUGGUGAGGUGUACCUCUGGAGGCUUGAUAAAAAACUCGAUAGGCCUGCUCAACCCCGAGGCGUACACAGUGGUCCAAUAACGGUUAUUAAGGAGUGCAAAGGCUACGUCUUCGUUGCCAGCGAUGACGGUCGCCUUUCUGUCUGGGAGGUUAAAGCUGGACGCCAACUGGGUGUUAUGGAUCGCUUCACACCCUGCUCUAUUGCAGACCUCGAAGUAAUGGUCCGCAGUGAAGAAGGCGAGGCCUUUAGGGCAAGUGGCUUCGUCCUCUCUAGCCGGUGUGUCUACCUCGUGGAGAUGGGUUCGACACCUGGUGCAGACCGCCUUACUUUUUCUUCCCAAAUGUAUGGACGGAGGUUCGCUCUUCAAACUGAAGUCUUUUCAAUCCUAGUGCCUGAAUUCAGACCUGACCCAGCAAUGGUGAAUUGCAUUAUCGGAACUGGGGAGCGACGCUGUCUCUGCGGUGCAUUGCCUGUCAUCCAGUGUCUACCGAAACCUCUAACUCUUCUCUUCAUCUCGGGCAAACGGGAAAACACGGAAGACGGACGUGAAGUCGUGUCAUCAUUUAUUAGCUUGCGCAGUGAUCCAACAACCACUCUUUCCGAAUACACGCUCCCCAACGGAGAAAUCGUGACAGCAUUCUGUGCAACGGAAGCAGGCAAACGAUCAGCUGAUGACGCAGAGUUUCUAGUCAUUGUUGCAGGGUCUGACGGGCUCAUCCGGUACUUGAAGUGGACGAUUUUGAAUCCAAACGGGAAGCCGGAACUAGUGGGGUACCUUCCGACCGGUAGGAGAAUCGCCAAGAUUUGUGCUGUGGAGUGCAACCACUACACCGUUGGAUUCAGUAAUGGUGACGUCGGCAUCUACCGCUUUAUUAACUGA